AUGGUCUUCGGUCCCCCCAAAUCGGCCGGCAAAUUGUCGCCCAUUCCCGACAGCAUCUCCCUCGCUGAGUUCAUGCUCACCGAUCUCCACGGCCGCAACCCUCUCGGCUACUCGCAGAACCCUUUUACUUGUGGAGUCACCAGCAAAACUUAUUCAUGGCUGGAUGUGGUAGAUCGCGUCGAGUAUCUGGCGCGCUCGCUCUCGAGCCAAUUCAACUGGCAGCCCAAUGCAGGCAGCGAGUGGGAUAAGACCUUGGCGAUUUUCAGCGUGAAUACCAUUGAUACAUUGACGCUUUCCUGGGCCGUGCAUCGACUGGGUGGAGUAGCCAGUCCCGCUAAUGCGGCCUACUCGGCCGCUGAGCUCAAAUAUCAGCUGCAGGACUCCAAGGCCACUGUGCUAUUCACAUGUGUGCCAUUGUUGAAGACGGCGCUGGAAGCCGCCGAUGCUGCCGGUCUGCCCAGGGAUCGCAUCUUCUUGCUCGAGGUGCCCGCACAACUCACCCCGGGAGCCAAGGCUCCAGCCGAGUUCAAGACGGUGGAUCAUUUGGUCGAAGCAGGGAAGUCGUUGCCAAAAGUGGAAGCUUUGAAUUGGGGCCCUGGGGAGGGGGCUCGUCGGACGGCGUUCCUGUGCUAUUCCAGUGGCACGUCCGGGUUGCCGAAAGGAGUCAUGAUCUCACAUCGCAACGUCAUCGCCAACGUACUACAGAUCAAAGCAUUCGAGCAGGAUUACCGCGAUUCGCGCAAGGAUCCCGGAACGCAAAGUGAACCGACCGAUGUUGUGAUGUGCUUGCUCCCGCAGAGCCAUAUCUACUCCCUCGUGGUGAUGUGUCACGCUGGGCCGUGGAGAGGGGAUAAGGUGGUGGUGCUGCCCAGAUUUGAGCUCGAUUCCUUCUUGGCUUGUAUUCAGGAUUUCAAGAUCACUUCGUUGUUUGUGGUCCCUCCGAUCUUGAUCAACAUGAUUCGCAAUGCGAAGACUUGCACCAAAUACGAUCUCACUGCCGUCAGAUCCGUCUUCACGGGUGCCGCGCCCCUGGGGAUGGAAACCGCCGAAGAGUUCCAGAAACUUUAUCCAUCGGUGACGAUAAGACAAGGAUACGGUUUGACGGAAACAUCGACGGUUGUCACCUCCACGCAUCCUUGGGAUGUAUGGUUCGGCUCCUCCGGCACGAUCCUGCCCGGGGUGGAGGCCAAGCUAGUAACGCCAGAAGGCGAAGAAAUUACAGGCUACGAUACUCCCGGGGAGCUUGUCGUGCGCAGCCCUAGCGUUGUAUUGGGGUACUUAAACAACGACAAAGCCACCAAGGAAACAUUCAAAGACGGCUGGAUGUAUACGGGCGACGAGGCCGUCAUCCGCUUGAGCCCUAAGAAGACCGAGCACGUCUUCAUUGUAGACCGCAUCAAGGAAUUAAUCAAAGUCAAAGGUUUGCAAGUUGCGCCGGCUGAGCUGGAGGCCCAUCUUCUCACGCAUCCUGCCGUGGCGGAUUGUGCGGUGAUCGCGAUCCCCGACGAUUCCGCUGGCGAGGUCCCCAAAGCGAUCGUAGUGAAGUCCCCGUCCGCCACGGGCAGUGAUGAGGAAGUGAUUCAGUCGAUCAAGAAGCACGUCGAGGAGCACAAGGCCCGGCACAAAUGGCUCAAGGGUGGGGUUCGCUUCCUCGAUGUCAUCCCCAAGAGCCCCAGUGGCAAGAUCUUGCGGCGUUUGUUGCGCGACCAGGAGAAGGAGGCCCGCAGACAGGCAGGCUCGAGACUUUAA